CAGACCUACCCUCCCACGUGGUCACGAUGCUCAACAACUUCCCAUCGAAUCUGCACCCAAUGUCUCAGUUCAGUGCCGCCAUCACCGCCUGUAAUACGGAAUCCCUGUUUGCAAAGGCCUAUAACGAUGGCGUGAAUAAAGCCAUAUAUUGGGAGCACACGUUUGACGACUCCCUGCGAUUGAUCGCCAAAUUGCCGACAAUUGCGGCCACUAUUUAUCGCAAUCUAUACCGCGACGGAUCGUCGAUCGGUGCCAUCGAUACGAAUAAGGACUGGUCGGCUAACUUCACGUCUAUGUUGGGCUACAAUGACCCCAAAUUCACUGAACUUAUACGACUCUAUCUCGCAAUUCAUAGUGAUCACGAGGGCGGUAAUGUGAGCGCACACGCCACUCAUCUGGUUGGCAGUGCACUCUCCGAUCCUUACCUGUCAUUUGCUGCCGGUAUGAAUGGUUUGGCGGGUCCUCUGCAUGGGUUAGCCAAUCAGGAAGUGUUGAUUUGGUUGACGAAACUGCAGAAGGAAUUGGGAGGAGAGGUGUCCGACGAUAAGCUCAAGGAAUUUGUUUGGAAAACUUUGAAAUCAGGACAG